UUUUUGGCUGCUAGGACACACACACAGACAGAGGGUGGACUUUUGAUCUAGUAUUUAGUCCUCUGCCACAGUGGACACACCAUAAGAGCAUUUCUUAUAACCCAAGCAACUUCAAGUAAUUGAAAUAUGGAGGCUGAGGCACAUGCGGUUCUGCAAGGAAGUGCAGAAAUUACUGUUAAUAUGGCCGGGAUAGUGGAGAUGAUCGACACCUUUGAUCGGCCCGCUAAAUCAUUUGCUGUUGGUGCCUAUGCAGGAGCAGGUGCAUAUGCGGAUGGAUUUGAGGACAAACCUGGAAAGCGUGUUCCAAAGGCAGGAGUGUAUGCUGCUGCAGGAGUGGGCUACGCUAGUGCUGAAUGGAGCAUUUUUGAAGCAAAGGCCAAAGGUCCAAAUGCUAGUGCAGGAGCCGGCGCUUCUCUAUCUUCUCUCAGUGCACGAGCCUUUGCCAGAGCAGAAGUAGCCAGUGCUUCAGCCUCUGCUGGUCCAAUAAAAGCUAAAGUCGGGCUGGCAGUAGAUACAGGAGUUGGAAUUGGUGCCAGUGGUCUAGAAGCACAAGUUCUAGGAACUGGUUUCACUAUUGGUCCUACACUGAGGAUUUCCCUGUUAGGCAACGGUUUUGAACUUAACCUUGUAUAGCUACCAGCUUUAUACCAAGAAACCAUCAUUUAUUUAUGACUUCUUAGUGAAACUGAUUACUAACUAAUAAAUAAAUAGAAUAACUAAUUAUUUAUUAGUUCUUUCACUUAUUUUAAACAAUCUGUUGGGUGAUGAACUUACAAUGAAAUUCAGAAUCCACUUUAAAACUCUGUUAUUAACAUAUAAAGUUGUACAUUACAGGUCCCUGCUUAUAUAGCAGAGCUUCUGAGACCUUAUCAAUAAAGCUGGCAUCUCCAAUUCUCUAACCAGGUUUUCCUAACUUUGCCUCGCACUGAUUUUAAAAGCAGAGAUGAUGGUGCUUUUGAGGUUGGUGCGCCCAAGCUGCUUACUGCUGAAAACAAAUUUUUAUUCAUUAGCUUUUCUUUAAUGUUCAUCUUACAGCCAUAGUUGGCAACUAUUUGCAGGUAUGUGUGUUUGUUGGAAUGAAUGUCUGAAUGUUAUGGUUGAUUAUGUGUCUGUAAAUUUGCACAUGUUCACAGUCUGUGGCUUUUGUUUUAAUUCAAUCUUUUGCUUCAAUCUGUUUUGAAAA